AUGCGCUCGAAGCGCAAGCCAAAGAAGAUUAGUCUCCCCAGAGCACCACUUCUCGAGACCAACCCGCAGAAGAAGGGUGUCUGCACCCAGAUAUUCAUCGCAAAGCCAAAGAAGCCCAACUCCGCCAAGCGGAAAGUCGCCCGUGUUAGGCUCUCGAACGGAAAGACGCUGCAGGCUUAUAUCCAAGGAGAAGGUCAUAACCUGCAGGAGCACAGUGUGGUUCUGGUUCGUGGAGGUCGUGCGCAGGAUUUGCCCGGUGUGAAGUACAAACUCGUGCGUGGAGCCUUGGACUUUGGUGGUGUGGUCAACCGGAGGACGUCUCGUUCCAAAUAUGGAGCCAAAAAGCCAAAAUCAUAG